UUGAAGAACAAUGUGAAGAUCGCUUAGGAGACAAUACAUCAGGAAUCUCCUUACUGAGUUCUUCUAACAAAAGCCGGGCGCUCCCUAAUGUAAACAUAUUAGUGUUUAUUUUGAGGAGAAAAUAUAUAGUUUUUUUUUUUUUAAAAAAAAGCAUACAGUAAAUAGCUGAGUCCUCCCAAAACAUCGAGUUGGAAGAUGUCCCUGAACAAUUCUUCCAGCGCAUUUCUGGACUCAGCGCCCAGCAAUACCAACCGCUUUCAGGUCAAUGUCAUAAGCGAGGGCCAGGAGGGCAGCGCCGCGGCGGAGAGCGCCGACCCCCCGCAUUAUGAGGAAACCUCCUUUGGGGAUGAAGCCCAGACCAGGUUCAGAAUCAGCUUUCGGCCUGGGAAACAGGAGUGCUAUGACAAUUUCCUCCAAAACGGAGAAACGGCUAAGACAGACGCUAGUUUCCACGUCUAUGAUUCCCACACAAACACAUACUACCUGCAAACCUUCGGCCACAACACCAUGGAUGCUGUCCCCAAGAUCGAGUACUAUCGCAACACCGGCAGCGUGAGCGGGCCCAAGGCCAGCCGCCCCAGCCUGCUGGAGAUCCACGAGCAGCUUGCCAAGAAUGUGGCCGUGGCCCCAGGCUCAGCCGACAGGGUCGCUAACGGUGACGGGAUGCCCGGAGAUGAACAAGCUGAGAACAAAGAAGAAGAGAAUUCUGGUGCUGUGAAGUUCGGAUGGGUGAAAGGUGUGCUGGUAAGAUGCAUGUUGAAUAUCUGGGGUGUCAUGCUCUUCAUUCGCCUCUCCUGGAUUGUUGGAGAAGCUGGAAUCGGUCUUGGAGUUCUCAUAAUUCUUCUUUCCACCAUGGUAACUUCUAUUACUGGGUUGUCAACUUCUGCAAUAGCAACUAACGGGUUUGUGCGUGGAGGUGGGGCCUACUAUCUUAUCUCCAGAAGCUUGGGGCCAGAGUUUGGUGGAUCUAUAGGCUUGAUCUUUGCUUUUGCCAAUGCAGUGGCUGUUGCUAUGUAUGUGGUGGGAUUUGCUGAGACUGUGGUAGACCUUCUUAAGGAGAGUGAUUCAAUGAUGGUGGAUCCAACCAAUGAUAUCCGGAUAAUAGGCUCCAUCACAGUGGUGAUUCUCUUAGGAAUUUCAGUAGCUGGAAUGGAAUGGGAAGCAAAGGCUCAAGUGAUUCUUCUGAUCAUUCUUCUCAUUGCUAUUGCAAACUUCUUCAUUGGAACCGUCAUUCCAUCCAACAAUGAGAAGAAGUCCAGAGGUUUCUUUAACUACCAAGCAUCAAUAUUUGCAGAAAACUUUGGGCCAAGCUUCACAAAAGGCGAAGGCUUCUUCUCCGUCUUUGCCAUUUUCUUCCCCGCAGCCACCGGGAUUCUUGCAGGUGCCAAUAUCUCGGGGGACUUGGAGGAUCCCCAAGAUGCCAUCCCCAGAGGAACCAUGCUGGCCAUUUUCAUCACCACCGUCGCCUACAUAGGGGUUGCUAUUUGUGUAGGGGCCUGUGUGGUCCGAGAUGCCACUGGGAACAUGAAUGACACCAUCGUUUCGGGGAUGAACUGCAAUGGUUCAGCAGCCUGUGGGUUGGGCUAUGACUUCUCAAGAUGUCAACACGAACCAUGUCAGUAUGGGCUGAUGAACAAUUUCCAGGUCAUGAGCAUGGUGUCAGGGUUCGGCCCCCUCAUCACGGCUGGCAUCUUCUCCGCAACGCUCUCCUCCGCCCUGGCCUCCCUCGUCAGCGCCCCCAAAGUGUUCCAGGCUCUGUGCAAGGACAACAUCUACAAAGCCCUGCAGUUCUUUGCGAAGGGAUAUGGGAAAAACAACGAACCACUCAGAGGAUACGUCCUCACUUUUGUUAUUGCCAUGGCAUUCAUUCUUAUUGCGGAACUGAACACCAUUGCUCCCAUAAUCUCCAACUUUUUCCUGGCCUCAUAUGCACUUAUUAAUUUCUCCUGCUUCCAUGCCUCUUAUGCCAAAUCUCCAGGAUGGAGACCUGCGUAUGGAAUUUACAACAUGUGGGUAUCUCUUUUUGGAGCUGUUUUGUGCUGUGCGGUCAUGUUUGUCAUCAACUGGUGGGCAGCCGUCAUCACCUACGUCAUUGAGUUCUUUCUCUAUAUCUAUGUGACCUACAAGAAGCCAGAUGUGAACUGGGGCUCCUCCACACAGGCUCUCUCUUAUGUGAGCGCUUUGGACAAUGCUCUGGAAUUAACCACAGUGGAAGACCAUGUAAAAAAUUUCAGGCCCCAAUGCAUUGUCCUAACCGGGGGACCCAUGACAAGACCUGCUCUCUUAGACAUAACUCAUGCCUUCACCAAGAACAGUGGCCUCUGCAUCUGCUGUGAAGUCUUUGUGGGGCCGCGCAAGCUGUGCGUUAAAGAGAUGAACAGCGGCAUGGCGAAAAAGCAGGCCUGGCUUAUCAAGAACAAAAUCAAGGCGUUUUAUGCUGCGGUGGCCGCAGAUUGUUUCAGGGACGGUGUCCGGAGCCUCCUCCAGGCCUCGGGCUUAGGAAGAAUGAAACCAAACACUCUGGUGAUUGGAUAUAAAAGAAACUGGAGGAAAGCUCAGUUAACAGAGAUUGAAAACUACGUGGGAAUCAUACACGAUGCAUUUGAUUUUGAGAUUGGUGUGGUCAUCGUCAGAAUCAGCCAAGGGUUUGACAUCUCUCAGGUUCUUCAGGUGCAAGAUGAAUUGGAGAAAUUAGAACAGGAGAGGCUGGCUUUGGAAGCCACCAUCAAAGACAAUGAAAGUGAAGAGGGGGGUGGCGGCAUCCGAGGCUUGUUUAAAAAAGCUGGCAAGUUGAACAUUACUAAGCCAAGUUCUAAAAAAGAGAGCAGUCCAUGCACGAUCCAGUCCAUGCACGUCGGGGAGUUCAACCAGAAACUGGUGGAAGCCAGCACCCAAUUUAAGAAGAAGCAAGGAAAAGGCACGAUUGAUGUUUGGUGGCUGUUUGAUGAUGGAGGGUUAACACUCCUUAUUCCCUAUAUCUUGACUCUCAGAAAAAAAUGGAAAGAUUGUAAGUUAAGAAUCUAUGUCGGAGGGAAGGUUAACCGCAUUGAAGAAGAGAAAAUUGCGAUGGCUUCCCUUCUGAGCAAAUUUAGGAUAAAAUUUGCAGACAUCCAUAUCAUUGGUGACAUCAACAUUAAGCCAAACAAAGAAAGCUGGAAAGUCUUUGAAGAGAUGAUAGAACCAUAUCGUCUCCAUGAAAGCUGCAAAGAUUUAACAACUGCUGAGAAAUUAAAGCGAGAGACUCCGUGGAAAAUCACCGACUCAGAACUGGAAGCAGUCAAGGAAAAGAGUUACCGCCAAGUUCGCCUGAAUGAACUCCUACAGGAGCACUCGAGAGCUGCGAAUCUCAUAGUCCUGAGCCUUCCAGUGGCAAGAAAAGGAUCUAUAUCAGACUGGCUGUACAUGGCUUGGUUGGAAAUCCUCACGAAGAACCUCCCUCCGGUCUUACUAGUUAGAGGAAACCACAAAAAUGUCCUGACAUUUUACUCUUAA